UGUUGGGCUUCCUGAUUUUCUCCAAUCUCAUUUUUGACUAAUGUUUGAGGCAUGUGUCGAAUCUUUCAAUAUAAUGUAUUAGAGACCUCUUCUGCAGAUCGGAGGACGUCUGUAAGUUCAGCAAGUAAAGCACAGCCAAACACGAAAUCUCAAUCUUCUUCGCCCACUGCAGGAUCCUUCACGAAGGAGGUAGAAAAAAGACGAAAUGCUUGGUUUACUCUUGAGUUUUUCCUCUACUACGUUUUUAUCGGGUCAAUUAUUGUCUUGGGCUUUUAUCGACUUUCUAUGAUUAGCGUUGAAAAACACCAAAAUUAUCCUAAUUUAAAAAAGCACUUGAAACCAGGAUGGAUAUUUGGCAAACCUGUUGACGUAUCCGACCAUCAAUAUGCUAGUUUUCGAGAGAAUAUUCCUAUUUUGCUUGGGGUGAUUGCUAGCUAUUUUUUUCUUUGGAACGUCGUUCAGUUAGUUUUCUCUCAUAGAGUCCAGAACAAGUUGGCGUUAAAAAACACGUUCCGUCUAUGGUUCUCAUUAUUAUUUUCUUUCGUCGUCUACGGUUUCGGAAUGAUCUAUGUCUUUUCAAUAAUUUUUAUUUACUAUUUAAUUGCGAAAGUCUUUCGAGAUCACAGUCUAAAUCCUCUUCUUUCUUGGGUUUUGAGUAUUUUCUUGCUUCUUUCCAAAGAACACUUCGGUCACUAUAAGUUUGGAAAUAUCCACCCCCUUUUCUCUUUUUUUGACGAUCAUACCGGUAUUUUAGAAAGGUGGUAUGUCCUGUUCAACAUUACCAUUCUACGUCUAAUCUCGUAUAACCUUGAUUACUACUGGUCGAUAAAGUAUUCUUUUAAAAUAUUUUCCGCAACUGUAAUUGAGAAAGAACGGAAUCCUGAUAAUGUGUCGUAUUCUGAUCGUAUCCGACUGAAUUGCAAUCCAGAAGAUUACAACACCAAGAACUUUCUUACUUAUGUUUUAUAUGCUCCAUUAUACUUGGCAGGCCCAAUAAUAACAUUUAAUAACUUUGUGUCUCAGACAAAAUACCCAAUCAAAUCAUCAAUAAAAUACAGGAAUGUUCUUUACGGUGUUCGUUUCCUUGUGUGCGUUUCCUUAAUGGAAUUUGUGCUUCAUUUCUGUUACGUUAGUGCUAUUACAAAGGAAAGAAGUCUACACGCUUAUACGACUUUAGAGACAGCAUUGAUCAGUUUUCUCGUAUUAUUCCUGACUUGGCUGAAGCUUCUUAUUCCGUGGAGAUUAUUUCGAUGGUGGUCAUUAAUGGACAACAUCGAACCUCCUGAAAACAUAAUUCGCUGUAUGUGUAAUAACUAUUCUGCUGUGGGAUUUUGGAGAGCUUGGCAUCGAAGCUACAACAAGUGGCUGCUCCGUUAUUUAUACAUUCCUAUAGGAGGAAACAGGUAUCCAAUCUUAAAUUCUUUUAUCAUUUUUACUUUCGUCGCUUUGUGGCAUGACGUUAGUUGGGAGCUAUUUUUCUGGGGUUGGCUUGUUGUACUUUUCAUUUUGCCAGAACGGUUAUGUUCUUAUGCCGCACGCAAAUUUGGUUGGGUGCAUCUUUCUCAGUAUAGAAUCAUUGCUGGGUUUGGUGCUGCCCUAAAUAUUUACUUCAUGAUCGUCUGUAAUUUGAUAGGAUUCGCCAUGGAUGUGCAUGGAAUCAAGGAUGUUUUAGCCAGAUUAUUUGGUACAUUUGAAGGAAUGUACUUUAGCAUUGCUACAAUGCUAAUGUUUUUUGCUGCCGUACAGAUGAUGUUUGAAAUCCGAGCAGACGAGGAAGCGAAUGGAAUUGAUUUACGUUGUUAGGUCCCUAUAGUUAAUCUCUUUACUAAUUUUCUUAUUCGCAUACUUAAUUAGUUUAAUAUCUAGAUCUCUCCUUUUUCUUUCUUCCUGAAAUUGAGGAUUUUAAAAAUUACUACCUUCAGUGCAUUUAGAUG